AUGCCGAGCUCAAACGUCAACCUUCACAAAUUCUUGGACAGGGCAGCAGACUUUGGAGUAGAGGAGGCUCGCUGCCUGGUGGAAGAGGCCAAGAUACUGUGGCCAACGCUCUCGCUUGAUGCACCCAACGUUCUCGCUUUGUGGAAGGGCCUGAGGGGGUCAAAAGAGUCCAUCCUACCGUAUAAGCGUUUGAGUGCAUUCUUCGCUCUUGGAAGCAAGCGACUCAAUGCCCGGGCGGCUGAAUGGAAACAAGAGGACAUCCUACCGACCAUAGUGCAUGGCAUCAUAGCAGACAUAGCAAUUGUGCUGGCACAUGACUCUGAACCGACGUCGUCGUCACCAGAACUCACUCCUAGCAUGUGGGCCGAACUAUUCAUGUCCUUGACACGUAUUGGCGAAGAAUUGGUCGACUACAACAACCGGCACAUGGCAGCCAUCAAAGACGCCAAUGGCCCACAGGCGAUGGGUGACACUCUGGAGGUCAUUGCAGCGACAUUUGCGAGGCGGUCAGACGUGGAUUCAUGCAAGAUGUGGAUGGACCAGAUUGCAAGGUACAUGUAUGUUGCCAUGAAUUCGAAGAACGAGGAACUUGGCAAGCAGCUGGAAAAGAUCGUGGGCGUGCUGAAGACACUGGAGCUGAACGCCCAGUGA